AUGUCUAAGGUGAACUGGAAGCCCGGAGUGACGGAGAAAGUCACUCGCCGCCACAUGGAGGGCCUCCAGAGCGUCAUACAAGGACUGUGGAAAGAGUGGAGCGAGCAAUACGUCAUCAACUUGCGAGAGUCACAUUCGAAGCCACGCAGACACUCGGCGACUACGCCCAGAGUCGGACAAGUGGUACUAGUGACAAACGAGAACGCCCCUCGCCAUCACUGGUCACUAGGACUAAUUACCGAACUAAAAGAAGCAUCAGACGGCGAGAUCCGAAAGGCCGUAGUCAGAUGCAAACGAAACUAUAUCGAACGAUCUAUAUCGCACCUGAUUCCCUUGGAAGUACCCGAGGAGAACGAGGAGCAACCAGAGAACACCGAGAACGAUACCGAAACUCUAGAGGGUCGUUCCGAACUCUCGCCUCUCAAUAUGAUCCAAACCACCCCAAAAUCGAAAACUACAGUAAUCCCGUCCACGCCCACAACGAAGGCGGACGACGGGUCCCAACUAAAUCUGAACCACCCAAAAAGACCCAGUUUGCCCCGAAAGGUCAAACAGGGGAUAAACUACAAAACCCUAGCUGGAGGGUCAGCUUUCGGCCGGGGGAAUGUCGCGACCGCUGCUCCAUGA